CCAAUCAGGUUGCCUCCCUGCUGCGUUAGCACAGCUCUGGCAAAACAACAGCCUUCUCUAUUUGUUUCCUGUUAGCAUUAGCAUUCGCAACAUAGCCACUGGGCAAACUGAACGUGUAAAAUGUCAGAUUAACGACACCCUUUGUACUUUGUCGAUAUAAUCUUUGUUUGGCGUUAGUGUACGUUUGAAGGGAGAGUUCAUCGGAACUGAAUCGGAAUAGCUGCCAGGCUAACUGUAGCUAGCACCAGGAAGAUGGGGUCCAUCCUGAGUCGCAGAAUCGCUGGUGUUGAGGAUAUCGAUAUCCAGGCCAACUCGGCCUAUCGAUUUCCACCGAAAUCUGGGAACUAUUUUGCGAGCCACUUCUUCAUGGGAGGAGAAAAGUUUGACACACCACAUCCAGAGGGAUAUCUUUUUGGAGAAAACAUGGACCUGAACUUUCUUGGAAAUAGGCCAGUGCAGUUUCCAUAUGUGACGCCUGCACCCCACGAGCCUGUCAAAACCCUGAGGAGUCUCGUCAAUAUAAGAAAGGACUCUCUGCGUUUGGUCAGGUAUAAAGAUGACUCUGACACACCUGUGGAGGAAGGUGGAAAACCAAAGGUUCAGUAUGGUGUGGAGUUCACCUUUGAUGCUGACGCUCGGGUGGCCAUCACCCUCUACUGCCAGGCGUUUGAGGAGUUCUCCAAUGGGAUGGCAGUGUACAGCCCAAAGAAUCCAUCACUGGUCUCUGAAACUGUACACUACAAGCGAGGAGUGAGCCAACAGUUCUCCAUGCCGUCUUUCAAAAUAGAUUUCACUGAGUGGAAAGAGGAAGAUCUGAACUUUGACCUUGACCGAGGAGUGUUUCCCAUAGUAAUCCAGGCUGUUGUGGAUGAAGGGGACGAUUGCCUCGGACAUGCUCACGUACUUUUGGCAGCCUUUGAAAGACACGUUGAUGGCAGUUUCUCUGUCAAGCCACUGAAGCAGAAGCAAAUUGUGGAUCGUGUGAGCUACCUCUUGCAGGAGAUCUAUGGGAUUGAAAACAAAAACAACCAGGAAACCAAGCAGUCAGACGAUGAGAACAGUGACAACAGCAACGAGUGUGUUGUGUGUCUGUCCGACCUGCGAGACACUCUCAUCCUGCCCUGCAGACACCUGUGUCUCUGCAACUCCUGUGCAGACACUCUGCGUUACCAGGCCAACAACUGCCCCAUCUGCAGGCUGCCCUUCAGAGCCUUGCUGCAGAUCAGAGCUGUGAGGAAAAAGCCCGGGGCUCUCUCCCCCGUGUCCUUCAGCCCUGUCCUGGCUCAGACUAUGGACCAUGACGAGCACUCAAGCACGGACUCGGUUCCCCCGGGCUUUGAGCCCAUCUCCCUGCUGGAGGCUCUGAAUGGCAUGAGCUCAGUGUCUCCUGCCGUCCCAUCUGCCCCCCUCUAUGAUGACAUCAACUUCUCAGGAGGUCUGGUCGGCGACGGCAGACAGCUGAGCUCCCCCGAGCAUUUGAGUGAUGGCAGUCUGCAGAAAGGCAAAGUCAGCAAGUCCCCUGACAGCACCCUUAGGUCUCCAUCGUCUCCCAUCCAGGAAGAAGAUGAGGAGAAGCUGUCUGAGAUGUCUGAUGCACAGCCACACACACUGCUGUCCAGCAGCCCCGCCCCCACCGACGCCACAGCUGCAGAGGAUGUGGCAGAAUCCCUGUCUCCAGAUGAUGAGGACAGGAUGCAUUCUGGGGCAGACAUCCUACAGGACUGCUGCAGAGAACACAGCAGCUUGACCAAAACAGAGAGCGACCCAGCGGGCGACUUGUCUCUGCCAGCUCUAGGUCCUGAUUCCUGCUCUAUUGGUUUGGAGGAAUAACUCUGGGUCCUCAGAGUCCACAGAAAGCCUGAAGAGUCAGAGCACCAACUGCUCCAGCCAGCCUCUCCUGUGUCCCACAAGCAGCCUUCAUAUGGAAGAUGAGCACCUCAACCCCUGAGUCUGACCCAGCCUCCCCCCAUCCAUCAGAACAGAUGUAUGCGUUACAUCCAGUCCCUGUAUUCCUUUACCCCCCCUGCCCAGUCUUUUGCUUCACCGAUGAGAUCCAACAGCGGCCCUGAAAGAAGUCCGCCAGGAAGAUGGAGGGCUCUGUUUAUUCCAUCAAUGGCUCUGACAUUAGAAACCAAAUUUAGCCUCUGCAAAGAUGUUCCUCAUACCUUUUAUUAUAUGACGGAUGUUUUAAAAAAGGAAUAUUGAUUCCAGAGCUUUGAAAACAUUUCAUUAACGGUCAGAUGGUGUUGGGUUGUGUGUCUUGACCGAAGGUGUGGUCUUGUAAUGUGGAUUCCAGAGACAUUUCACUACCUGUCAUGGUGGUUUUAAGCACACUUACUUUAAAUUAACUGUAUCAAUUGCUUUACACUAAAUUCAGAAGACAUUAUAAAUACAAUUUGUGUCUGAAUAUUGUAUUCCUCAGUGAAAUACAUUAAUGUUACAGUACUUGUUCGAUUUGGGUAAUGAUAAGAACAUUUGAACAUUUAUCGCGUAUGUACCUGUGUGUCCAUUUGAAGUGAUUUUGCACUCCAAAAAUAAUCCAUUCCUUAUAACAAUAAGUUUAUGGUGAGAUGAGUUUAAGUUGUCUGCAGUCCUAAACAUUACAUGUCACUUUUUCUAUUAUUUCUAAUGUGAUAUGUAUCGAUCAUAAAUCUACUAGAAUCCUGUGUACUUGCUUAAAAAAUGUAUACUUGCAUAUUACAUAGAAAAAAAGAUCCGUAUAUUUAAAUAAUGAAACUAGAUUCAGAUAAGAUUGAAGACUUGGUUUUCAAUAAGCGCUACAGAUUCACAACCUAACAGCUAAACUCAAAGAUGCUGACUCACUGUGGCACAGUAGGUGUGCUCGUCGUUGAUGUGGCAGAUCUCUCUUCAGUCUUUUCGCGGCAAAGCCAGUGUCUGCUUAUGUGACGUUUGUGUGGCUGCAUCACCUUUACAUUAUUUGGUAGUGUAUGUGUAGCACCAUGCAUAUAGAUCUAUGUGCCUUGAGUUGAUAUGGCUGCCUGCUUGUUGCAUUGGACAUUAGUGUUCUUCCAAAUGCUACAAUAUUCAACAGUUUUAUGGAUUUUUGAUUCUGAUGUACAAAGCCUUUUUUUCUAUCGCAUACUUUGUGCUACUCGAAAGAUGUAUCUUGUUAUUGUUUAUUGCAAUAUAAAAUGUAACUGUUCAUUUACUUUGUUAUGACCAUGUAUCAAUUAUGCAUUUAUUCUUAGUAUUUAGGUUCAAGUGGAUUUUUAAGAUUACAUUUGAUUGGAAUGACCACCAUCCAAUGCAAUAAGUGCAAACAGUGCAAUUACUAAUUGGGCUAGCGAUUGCAUGUGAAUUCGUAGAGGCUUGAACCUCUCACCGCUUUUUAGUAACAUGGUUGUUUUGUCUUUCCCCGCUCCUCUUCUGUGCCAUUUUAACUUGACACUGUGCCUUCCUGUUCCUGUUGUGACCACUAUUGACCUGGUAUCCAGGAUAACUCCACAGUAGGUGGUUUGUGGCUCUCUGUAAAAUCAAUACCUGUCUUUCCUCGUGUGUAUAGCAGCAUGUGUAUAACAAUAAAGAACAGAUUAAAUACUU